AUGUCAUCAGCUACAGCGCGGGGAUCAGCCGCGUGCGAGAAGGGCCAGCAGUGGCAGCGGGCUUUGGCGCUGCUCAUCGAGAUGAGGGAGGCUAAGCUGGAGGCCAACGUCAUCAGCCACAACGUUGUGCUCAACGCGUGCGAGAAGGCCGAGCAGUGGCAGCAGUCGUUGGCGCUGUUGAGCGCGAUGAGGGAGACGAAGGUGGAGCCUGGUGUCAUCAGCUACGGCGCUGGAAUCGGCGCGUGCGAAAAGGGCGAGCAGUGGCAGCGCGCUGUGCUGCUCUUCAGCGAGAUGGGCGAGGCGACCGUGGAGUCCAAUUCAGCUACAGCGCUGGGAUCAGCGCAUGCGAGAAGGGUGAGCAGUGGCUGCGGGCUCUGUCGCUGUUCAGCGAGAUGCGGGACGCGGAGCUGGAGCCCAACGUCACCAUUAUUCAGCUACAGCGUUGGGAUCAGCGCGUGCGCGAAAGGCGAGCAGUGGCAGAGGGCUCUGGCGCUGCUCAGCGAGAUGCGGGAAGAGCAACUGGAGCCUGACUCAGCUGCAACGCUGGAAUCAGCGCGUGCGAGAAGGGCGAGCAAUGGUGCUGGGCUUUAG